AUCUUAGUAGAUUUGAUCUUAUCGACUAUAUCGAUAAGAUAUGAGGUUUCCUGUUGGGUCUUAACUUUUACCUUAGGUAAGCUAGGUAGCCUCCGUAGAACUUUCAACUUUUUGGAGCUCUACACUUGGGAGUUCUCAAUUGCGAAAAGAGACGCAAGUCUAGGGGAGAUCAAUAAAUGUACCAGGUCGGACUUAAUCAGACGGAGAUUCCGUAUAUCUAAAUCGGCGAUCUCGACAUAACAAUUACUCCGAGUCGACACCGAAAUUCCUGUCAUGUCGUCAGAGACGUCUAAUACUGCGCCAAGUACUCGCCCGCCCUUCACGUCAGGGUGGUUGGCUAUACCGUCUCCUUUAGCCCGACUAUUCAAGAAAUUCCCGCUCCUCACAUACCCUCCUAAUGAACUUCCCACUCGAUCGGCUAGUACUAGAGAUGUCGCAACUCUAUACGUAUUCAUAUCAGACCAAUAUGCUUUGAAAGGUCUACCAAGCUUCAACCCGUCUUGUCUGAAAUGGCAAACCUUUCUCAAGCUAGCCGGAGUCGAGUUCCAAGUAGCGCCUUCGAAUAACCAUGCCUCUCCUACCGGCGCCCUACCGUUUCUGAUUCCCCCAUCGAAUACCAGCAAUCCCUCUGCGCAUAUCCCUAUACCUUCCAACAAACUUGAAAAAUAUGCAGCCGAGAAGGGUACAUCUGAAAUACCCGAUGUAUCCAACCUAAAACUCGAAGCCUACGAGUCGCUCCUUGAUUAUCGGAUACGAAACGCCUGGCUCUAUUCAUUAUAUCUAUCCCGCCCCAAUUCCGCUCUUCUUUCGCAGCUUUAUGUCGAGCCUAUUUCUACUUCACAACCCAUAAGGGCGACAAUUCUGUACCAAUUGCGCCACGCGGCGGAAGCCGAAAUAUUAAAGUCCACCGGUACACAUGUAGUAAACUCGAGGGCAUUAUAUCGAGGAGCAAGAGAAGCUUUUGAGGCAUUAUCGACGGUGCUAGGCGAGGAGGAAUGGUUCUUUGGAGUGCCAGAACCGACAUUAUUCGAUGCGGCGGUAUUCGCAUAUACCUACCUUUUACUCGAUGACAGAUUUACUUGGGAAGAUCCUCGAUUAAGGGAGAUCGUGAAGGAAUUCCCAAUAUUGAUCGAACAUCGCAACAGGAUAUUGCACAGAUGUUGGGGUAUACAAAAGGCCAAGAAACACAGCAAUUUACAAAGGCCUAUGGCUUGAACUAUA